CGUCAAUAAGGGGCAAAAAAUCGAUCCAGUUGCAAAACUUAAUCCCCGCCACAAAGGAAGCGUAUAAAAGGAAAAGCGCAAGAAAAAUUCCCCUCAUUUCUCAUUGUUCGUCGCACUCAAGAAGACGUGUUUGGAAGCUAGACAAAAAAAUUAAGUGUUUUAAAGCCAAGCCCAAACUAAGACAGAAAAAAAAAGAGUUAAAUAAUUAAUUUUUGUGGAAAAGAACGUAUUUGUGUAGCAUCAAAAGCUAUUUUAUAACUAAUUUUUUAAUUUAUUGAAUCAAAAAGUCAAAAAAAACCUAUUCAACAUGCGUGAAAUCGUUCAUAUUCAAGCUGGUCAAUGCGGAAACCAAAUUGGAGCUAAGUUCUGGGAGAUUAUCUCUGACGAGCAUGGAAUUGACGCAACUGGCGCAUACCACGGCGAUUCCGAUUUACAAUUGGAACGCAUCAAUGUCUACUACAAUGAAGCUUCAGGUGGAAAAUACGUUCCACGUGCAGUCUUAGUCGAUUUGGAACCAGGUACUAUGGAUUCAGUUCGUUCCGGUCCAUUUGGACAAAUUUUCCGACCUGAUAACUUCGUCUUUGGACAAUCUGGAGCUGGUAAUAACUGGGCUAAGGGACAUUACACGGAAGGUGCUGAAUUAGUUGAUUCAGUCCUCGAUGUCGUUCGCAAGGAAGCUGAAUCAUGUGAUUGCUUACAAGGAUUCCAAUUGACACACUCACUUGGUGGUGGAACUGGAUCUGGUAUGGGAACAUUACUCAUCUCAAAGAUCCGUGAAGAAUAUCCAGAUCGUAUUAUGAACACGUAUUCAGUCGUGCCAUCACCUAAAGUAUCAGACACAGUCGUUGAACCCUACAAUGCCACACUCUCAGUCCAUCAGCUUGUUGAAAACACCGAUGAGACAUAUUGCAUUGAUAAUGAAGCUCUUUAUGACAUCUGUUUCCGUACAUUAAAACUCACAACACCAACAUACGGUGACUUGAAUCAUUUAGUUUCAUUGACAAUGUCUGGUGUAACUACCUGCCUUCGAUUCCCUGGUCAACUCAAUGCUGAUUUGCGUAAAUUGGCUGUCAACAUGGUUCCAUUCCCACGUCUUCACUUCUUCAUGCCCGGUUUUGCACCAUUAACAUCACGUGGUUCACAACAAUAUCGUGCAUUAACCGUUCCAGAAUUGACACAACAAAUGUUCGAUGCAAAGAACAUGAUGGCAGCUUGUGAUCCACGUCAUGGACGUUAUCUUACAGUUGCUGCUGUAUUCCGUGGACGUAUGUCAAUGAAAGAAGUUGAUGAACAAAUGCUCAACAUUCAAAAUAAGAACAGCAGUUACUUUGUUGAAUGGAUUCCAAAUAAUGUCAAGACAGCCGUUUGUGACAUUCCACCACGUGGUCUUAAAAUGAGUGCAACAUUCAUUGGAAAUUCAACAGCCAUUCAGGAACUCUUCAAGCGUAUUAGCGAACAAUUCACAGCUAUGUUCCGUCGUAAGGCUUUCUUGCAUUGGUACACUGGUGAAGGUAUGGACGAAAUGGAAUUCACAGAAGCCGAAAGCAACAUGAACGAUCUUGUCAGUGAAUAUCAACAAUAUCAAGAAGCAACAGCUGACGAGGAUGCUGAAUUUGACGAAGAACAAGAAGCUGAAGUUGACGAGAAUUAAAUUCGUUCAAAUUUAUCCUUUUUACGUCCUAAUUGACUCCCCCCUACCUUCCUUCCUAGCCCCAAACCAAACCAAAACUCUUCUCUCAAAAAGUUUAAUAAUGCAAAAUGUUUGGAAAAAAUGCUUUUUAAUGUGUAACACACUGCCUGCUCCCCCAACUUUAUCCUUAAAAACAAAAGAAAGCAAAAAAGUUUCAUUUUGAAGUUUCUGUAAUUUUUUUAAUUUUUUUGAAAUUUGUAAAAUCUCUCAAAAAAUAUCUUACACAAUUUUGCAAGAAUGAAGGAAUUAAAGUAAGAAUGAAAAAUUUCUGUCAUAAAAUUAUUAUAAAAGUAUAUAAAAUUAACUUAACAAAAAAACACACAAGAUUUGUUCCUUUAUUAAUUCAUUUGCAUUAUUAUUGAUGAUAUAAAAAAAACGAUAAAAGACCGACUUACAUGGCAGUAUUGUUUCUCAAUUUUCGUCCUUUUUUUCUCAAAGGAAAAAAACUAAUUUGAAAAUGGCAUUUUUUAAGGAAUUAUUAAGAGAAAAAUGGAAGGAAUCUACAUGAUUUCGUAAUAAAAUCGUUGCAUUGCUUUAAAUUAACGUCAAAAAUAAUUGUAAAAUGGCUUUUUUUAUUUUUAAUUUCGCAGACAAUUUUUGGAGCUUUUUUACAGGAUUGGCAAUUUAUUUCGAGAUUAUUCUUGUAUUGUAAUGCUGGAUUAUGAUGAUGAAUGUUGAGAUUGUGGCUCGUUUUUGUAAUGAGAAAUGCUCUCAAUAAAGAAUUGGAUUUUGGAAGUUUCUGAAUAGAAAA